GCUGAUCAAAAUGUUGUUACCAGUGGCAUAAUGAAAACACCAUUAAAAUGUUGAGAAAAUUAAUAAUUGUAAUUAUUUUGCUUGAGUGGCACAGUGGAGUGGUGGUUAGCAUGCUUCUCAGUUCGGGUUUUAUUUUGAAAAGUAACUCUCCUCUCGUUUCAGGUCACUUGUCCUUCUUCGUGUGUCUCCAGUCUGAUUGUCUCCCCAAUUACCCAAUUGUGUUCACCUGUUCCCCAUUACCCCCAUGUGCUCAGAUAGUCUGCGUUUCCCUUGUCUUGUGUGUUUCGUCCGUGUGCGUUCACCCAAGCCUUGCCUUAUCCAGAGCCACAGCCUUGUCUUUUGUCCUCGAUUAUCCUGAACAGCUAAAAUGGAUUUGGGGCUGUGAGUCCAUGUUGGUUCCUGUGCCUGUACUAAGUGUUGGAACCAAUAGAGUAGCUGCUACAGAGAGAUCCUAAAUAGGCGCAGAAUGCCAGGAUGCCCAUCACUCAGGACAAUGCAAUCAACAUCCUUACACUACUGGAGGAAUUUCACAGGGCUCAGACCACAAGAUCACACCAAGACCAGAACCUGAAUAAGGAAAGUUCGGGCUACAAGCAUGUGGACUCAAACCAAAAUCAGGAGGGGGACAGUGUGUGCAGUAGCAGCAGUGUUCAUGUGGAAGACAUGACCUUGUGUCUGGCUGCCAUUCAGAAGUUGAUGGAAUACAUUAAGUUUAACUUCAUGGAGGGUGACAUAGCUCCAUCAGUCAGCCCGUCUUCCUGCAGGGAUGGGUCAGACAUGGAAAUUCAUGCUGUUUCCUUCAGUAAAGAUGAGGGCAGUAUCACUGAGCUUGGCCUCAGCUUUGGCAAUAUCCCUAUUUUUGGGGACCCUGAUAGAAAAAAGAAGGGAGGCCCAAGGAGGAGGAGGGACCGGGGCCCCAUUUUGGAUGUGGGAUGCAUCUGGGUGACAGAGGUGAGGAAGAGGAGCCCAGCAGCCCGCUGUGGGGGAAUCAAACUGAAAGAUGAACUGCUGUCACUGAACGGGCAGCUGAUGGUGGGAGUUGAUGUCAGCGGAGCUAGUUACCUGGCUGACCAGUGCUGGAAUGGAGGCUCUAUCUACCUGAUCAUGCUGCGGAGAGUCAAGCGGAAGGCUCCUCCACCACCGUGUGAUGUCAGUGACACCAUCAGUGGCCCUGUCAGCAGUGACAGCUGUGAAGACCAGCAGCAGGACAGAACCGCUUCUGAGCCCUCUGACACUUUAACAAACUGCAGACGAACACGCAAGUUUGGUGUCAUAGCACGAUCAUCCUUUAACCGAGACAGCAGGAACAGUACUGAUUCAGAACACCAGAGCUGUUACAGUUGCUAUAGCUCUUCUGUUCCCAGUGAUGCAGGGAUCAGUCAUCCAGAUGACCGCUCGGGUUACAUCCUAUUCACACAUACACCCACAGAGGACAGCUCUGACACUUUUCAUCAGGUGGGAACUAUUCCACAGCAUUUACACAGUGGAGCCACUGCCACCCUGCCUGUCAGAUGUCAUCAUCAGCUGUUUCAGUGCAAAAGGACCUCUUUCAGCAGUGAAUCUUCAAGCCAGCCCAAAGAGGGCAACCACAUCUGGAAGAUGCAUAUGGUGAAGGGUCAAGAGGGCCUGGGCAUACAAAUAACAGGGGGACGUGGCUCCAAGCGCUCUCCUCAUGGCAUCAUUAUAGCUCAUGUUGAGGAGGGGGGGGCCAUUCACAGGGAUGGUCGUCUUCAUUCUGGUGAUGAGCUGUUGAUGAUUAAUGGUCAGUCUCUUGUGGGUCUCACUCAUCAGGAGGCUGUUGCUAUUCUACGGUCCACCACUGGUCUGGUGCAGCUCGUGGUGGCCAGCAGGGAGGAGUCAGACGUGACUUUCGAGCGCUUCCCAUCCACCAGUCUGCCAGACCUAGUCAGCACCUGCAGUUCCUCAUCCUCGACAUCUCACACUGCCCGCCUCAUCUUACCCCAGAGAUCUAAGUGCAGCAUGAGUCUGUGCAACUCCAACCUGUUGACUAACCUGGAGAAUCCAGAAGAGCAAAGUCAGGGAGAAACACCCAAUGGAUCCUGCUGCAGCCCUUCUCCCAUGAAUCUCUACGGUCGAUUCUCUGGGGGGAGCAGUCGCCUGGAAUCAGUGGGUGAGGAUGAUGAGCUGUUUGUGGAGAAUGGUAUGACCAGCUGUGAAGUGGCUGAUAAACCUCUACCUGGCAGACGCAAACACUCCUUACCUCAACAGCUAGAUACAGCUGGAGUGAGACAGGAACAUCAGAUAAUCAAGAAAUCAGCUCGCUCUCUGAGCACCAUUCAAGUGGAGUCUCCAUGGCGACUGACACAGCCAUCCAUUAUCUCCAGUAUAGUGCUGAUGAAAGGCCAGGGCAAGGGCCUAGGAUUCAGUAUUGUUGGUGGGCAGGACUCAGCACGUGGUCAGAUGGGAAUUUUUGUCAAAACUAUUUUCCCCCAUGGAGCUGCAGCAGCUGAUGGACGACUGAAAGAGGGAGAUGAGAUUCUGGAAGUGAAUGGAGAGUCUCUCCAAGGACUUACACACCAACAGGCCAUCCAGACCUUCAAGCAACUGAAAAAAGGUGUGGUGACAAUGACGAUUCGAACUCGCCUUCGCAGUCCCAGCCUAACACCUUGUGCAACCCCCUCCAUCCUCAGCCGUUCCAGCUCACCCAACUCCUGUACCAGUGGGAGAGCACAUGUCGUUUCAGGGUUUGAAGAGGCUGAUGGCCACAGGGGCCCAGGACUUGGUCCAAAAGACUGCAUCAUCAUGGAAGUUACACUUAAUAAAGAGCCUGGUGUUGGUCUGGGGAUUGGAGUUUGCUGUCUGACACUGGAGAACUCUGCUCCUGGUAUCUACAUACAUAAUCUGGCACUGGGAUCUGUAGCCAAGAUGGAUAGCAGGCUCAGCAGAGGAGAUCAAAUACUGGAGGUGGACUCAGUCAGUCUUCGUCAUGCUGCUUUGAGUGAGGCUUAUGCCAUCCUUAGUGAAUGUGGCCCUGGACCAGUCAGCCUCAUAAUAAGCAGACACCCUAACCCCAAGGUGUCAGAACAGGAGAUGGAUCGUGUAAUAGCUCGAUCUACCCACAAGGACAAACUGAGCAAAAACAGAGGGCACUCCCAAGGACUGUCCUGCAAGAGCCCCUACCCAGGAACUAAUGACAGACAGGGAGAUGAUACCCCUGCUCUCAGCUGGACCAUGAAGAGAUUCCUUGAGCCUGUCUGCAGACAAGGGUCCCUGAGCUCAGAGACAGAAUUAUCUCAGUACUUCUCUCAGGACAUUUCCAGGCACUCACUCCUCUCUGAAUCCAUGCUGAUGGACUCAAACAUUGACGAAGCACUCCACCAGCAGAGUAGCAGUAUCUCUGUGGAUGACAACGCAAGAGAGCAACAUGAAGUGGACAGUGGACCAGUGUACAGCUCAUCAGAAGACAUGACCCCUGUCCAUCUUAAUCACCAGAUAGACAUGGUUUGCCAGCCCAUUGCUGUGUGUAGCCCCACCUCAGUCAGUCAGAGCCCACUUCUCCGACAGCGACAAAUGAUGUGCUUUGAAGAAGAGCCUUGUGAUGACAAUGCUAGAAACACUGGGCUCUUCCACAGGCCAACAACAUCUGACUCUGUUAACUCUGAAACUGAUGCAGUAGUUGUAAUAGCUACAUCGUCAUUAGAUGUAGAUGGAGACAGCGAAGAUGGUGGGCAUUUGGGGAAGUGUGGAAGCAAUGAUGCGAUAACACCACUCUUUGGUACUUUGUCACAGUGUGAGAAAGGUGCCACAACUAUGUCUGAGUCAUCUGGCUGUGAGUCACCCUUCAUGCCUAUCCACAAAGCCCCUUUAUGCCCCUUUGAACACAAUGCAGGGGUGGCCUCUAGAGCUAGUAAUUUGUCCAUUGUUAGUCUGAACUGUACAAAUCAAGAUGAUGGACAAGUGAAGUCAAAUCACUCCCCCAAGCUUGUAUGUAAAGCAGUGACACAUGUCAAAAGUAUGAUGAGCACUGAUGCACCAAGCCUCCCCCACCAACAAGAGUCCAAAGUAAAUGAUCCCACUUCAGUCUUUGCUCCAUUGCAGCUACUGUCCCAUGCAACACAAUGUGAAAGAGACCCUAUGAUACCCCAUCAGCACUGUAAGAUAGAAGAUACCAGUGAGCUUGUGGAUGUUUGUACUAUCGACACAGUGACACUGUUGAGAAGUGAGGAUGAGUCAUUUGGUCUUGAUGCGGAGAUUAUGUCACCCCCUCUGAAAGUUGUCAUCGCUGGAUUAAAGCCUGGAGGUGCAACAGAAAGGGAAUCUACAUAUAAACUGUGUCCUGGAGAUGAGAUUGUAAAAAUUGGAGGAAAACUGGUGUGCACCUUUAGCUACCAGGAAAUCUGGGAGCUCAUGCUCAACCUUCCCAUGACACUGUCCUUGGAAGUUAAGCGAGCAGUUUCAGCUGUAGAUCGAUUAGGAAACGAACAAGGUGUCAUCCUUCCUGUGAAUACAACACAUGUAAACCAUUUAAAGGAGAAGAGCUCUGUUCUUUUCAAUGGAUCGGAUCUGGAAAGCACUGAUGCUGGUUCAAAAUGUAUGUACCCCUUACAUGAUGGUAGUGACUACACCGCUGACAGCAGUGUAAUCGUCAAAAGGAUGGUUAGCAGUGGCAGUCUUCAUGAGCCCUCCUCAGAUGAGGAGGAAGUUGAGUUUUGUUCCUGUGAUUCCCAAAGACCUGAUACUGGUGGACACUCUCAUUUAAGCCAGUCACCAAAUGGAUCUUCACAUUUUCAUUAUGCCAGUAGUCAAAAUACAAACCUGGAUCAGACCUUUGAUCAGGUCUUCUCUGAUGUGUCACUGACAAAGAAAGAAAACUCAACUACCCAGUGCUCGCAGCUUUCUCAGUUAUUAGAGGUCUUCUUCUGCGAAAAACCAUCGCAGUCAUCAUACUGUAGAACACCUGUGUCUUCUACAAAGUGCCAACUUCUUAGUGCCACUGAUACCUGUGACAAAUUUAAAGCAUGUGUCACAUCCAGUCACAGAGGGGCUUGCAUUUACAUCAGCCCCUACCCACAAGAUACUCACAGUGUCACUGCAAAUCUGCAUGCAGAUACCUUGUUGACCACAGAUUUGUUGAAGCAUUUGAAUACGCAAACAUCUUAUUCUCAGUCAGUGGAAUCAAAAACCUCAGGUUCGAGCGUUGGCAGAUCUGAUACAGGAGUGUCAGUGUCAAUUAUAAAAAAGGAAAAAGUCUUGAGGUGCAGAACUCAUUUAAAUCCCCAUGCUAGCUUAUUGCUUAAGAAGAUCUCUGAGGAAAAUCUCCCUGAUAAAUCAAAUUGUCUUGUGUGGAGGGAUAAUUUUAAACUUCAGGUUGAAACUCAAAGUAGACCAAACACUUGCGUUCCCAAUCUGAAAUGCCUGAGAAUUAAGACUAAGAACAAACCACAAGAGAAGGCUCUCCAAACACUUGCUCACAGUGAAAGUGCAGUUUCUUCAAGUGUUUCUCUGAACCAGGUGACAAAUUUACCACCGAUGAUAACCAUAUCAGUCUUUUCAAAGGCCAAUAACCAGCAUAAUAAAAACAGACAUCUUGCCUCCCCCAGAGUAAGUGAACAAUAUACAUUUGUCCAUGGGUUUUCAGGUAACACAUUACGAACUGCACAACUGGCCCAGGAGAAGAACACCCUCUUAUUAACAGCUAAAUCAAUGGGAAAAAUCCAAAAAUCAAAUGGUACAGUCAGUAACCCAGUAUUUAGUUCACUGUGUUCUACUAAAGAAACUCAUUCAACUGCAAGUAACGAUUUCAAACCCAAUGCUGUCAAUACAAGUAGGACCCUUAAGUCCAGCGCAUCCAGACUGUACAUAAAGACAAUGGAAAGGCAAAGCUUUUCCACAUACAGUCCCUUGUCUGCAGACUGCAAUCAUUUCUCUGUUCAGCAUAAGAUAAAGUCAUUUGAAAAUCUGGCUAACUUUGACAAGCCCAUGGCUAAAAACAGAGAGAUUCAGUCCUGUGCAUUGGCAUACAGAAUCCCACUUAACAAAAGGAUUGUUGGUUAUAUGGGCUUGGUUAAUUCUGCCGACUGCCAGGCACAGCAAAAGAGAUUCAGUUCUUAUGUGGGGAAUCUAAUCCCUACUACAUCAUGCUCACUUCCUAGUAAAUCUCUCUCUAAUAUUGCAAUGAUGCACCUUGAGCUUUCACAUUCAAGCCACAACACAGCUUUUCUGACUGAGGACAAUCCUGAAGCUGAUGUUCAGAAUUCCCCUGAUGGGAUUACACCACAGAUUUCUCAGGUGCUAUGGGGAAAACACAGCAAACUUCCCCACAACAAAUUGCGACACCUGAGGGCUCUCAGCCUGCCUGAAUUAGAAAAACAAUGCUCAAAGGACUUUACUAGAGGACAUGAUGCAACACCAGAUAAAACUGAGUCUUGCAUCGAUCCCACUAUACUUAAGAAAGCCACAAUCACUAAGAGCUUUCCACCUUCUGCUACUCUGACAAAAGUUGAUGUGAACAGAGUGAGUCAAGGCAGCCAUGGAUCCACUGAAGAGUCUCCUUCAGGAACCCCAGAGAGUCAUGGUCACCAGCCUGGUUGGUCUAUCAGUUUAAAGGACCUGGCUAUAUGUCCUAUCAGUCCGUGCAAACUGCAAACACUGCUGCCAUCACUGACUGUUAAAUCAUACGUGUUAGCCCUGCUUCAGGAGGCCAAGACCCUCACAGAGGUUAGCAGGAAUACACACCUUGUUGUCCUGGCUAAAGAAGAAGGCUCAGGACUUGGUUUUAGUAUUGCUGGAGGAGUUGACCUUGAGCAGAAGAAAAUAACUGUUCAUCGGGUCUUCACCAAAAGUGCAGCUAGCCUCGAAGGUACAAUCCAGAGAGGUGACAGCAUUUUAUCCAUAAAUGGCACAAGUCUGGAGGAUAAAACCCAUGGGGAGGCUGUGUCCUGUCUUCAUCAAGCCAGGGUGUCCAGUCAAGCCUUGGUGGUCAUUUGGAGAGACAUGAACAGUGAAGUGACUAUCAGACAUGACAGACAUGACUUGGCUAUACAGCCUGUAAUACUGUGUGAUGAAAAUUUCGCAAUUGUUGAUGUGACUGCAGAUGGUGCUUUAACUGUGGAGCUUCACAAAUCCUCUGCUGGUCUGGACUUACGUCUGGAUUGGGCAAAAUCCUCAAACCAAGGAGACAGGUCUCUCAUUGUCAAACCGAUCUUCAAACUUUUUUAUAUACAUACCGCAGAAACAGGAGGUGCUGCAGAAUUGUCCAGCCUUAUUGAAGUUGGCGAUGAGAUCCUGUCUAUCAAUGGCUGUUCUCUGGAGGGCCUCAUAUACCAUGAUGUCUGGAAAAUCAUUAAAUCCACAAACCACGGGCCCAACCACCUCCUCAUUCGCAAGCUCAAUACCUGAUUGUGAUGAACAAGGAAAGAAAAACUUUCUGAAAAGGGCCAGUGUGAUAAACAGGGAAUGGAGAAGCAGUAGAAAUAAGCACAAGCAUUUCAAUUUAAGUUACUUUAUCAAUCCCAAGCUGGGAAAUUACUUCUCUGCAUUUAACCCAUCACUGAUUGAAACACACACACAUGCAACAUGCAAUGAAACACACAGGAGCAGUGGGCUGCAUCAAGCGCCCGGGGAGCAUAUAUUGGGGGUCAAGGG